AUGCUGUCUGCCAUCCCCGUGCUGGCCGUACUAGGUUACGCCGCGCAAACAGCUGCGUCAAAAGCAUCCUACCGCUAUGCGUCCGUUGCCGACAACUACAAGGGGCAGUAUGGUGAAGUGAUUCAGCGAGACGUGUGCGUUAUCGGCGGAGGGGCCAGCGGUGUGCAUGCCGCUGUGUCACUGAAGGACAAGGGCAAAACGGUGGUGGUGGUUGAACGCCUCAACCGCCUCGGAGGCAACACCCUCACCUACGUGGACUCGAUCACGGGCAUCCCCAUCGAUAUUGGCGUCGUCGUCUUCCAGCCGCUCCCCGCCGUCCUGCGCUUCUUCGACAAAUUCAAGGUGCCCCUGGCCAACACUUCGACGCUGACCGCCAACGUGCCCGGACAGCCCGCCAACCUCUCGGUCCCAGCACCCCUGUACCAGACGAUCCAGACAUACACCGACUUGCGGGACGGAUCCGGCGUCAACAUCACUCGGGAUGACCUCUCCAUCGGUCCAGCUCUGGCCGGGCUAGCAGCCGUCAUGGCCAAAUACAGCUACAUCCUGGACGGCUUCCAGACGCUCCCGCACCCCGUGCCAGAGGACCUCGUCAUGCCCUUCGGGGACUUUAUGACGAAGCACAACCUCACGGCCGCCAUCCCCAUCGUCUUCCAGGUCGGCCAGGGUCUGGGAAGCCUGCUCCAGCUGCCCACGCUGUACGUGAUCAAGUACUUCAACCUCGGCGACGUGGCCGCCCUCCGCGAGGGCUACCUCACCCAGGCCCAGGGCAACAACUCACUCCUCUACGUCCGCGCCGCCUCCUACCUGGGGCCCUCCAACAUCCUGUUCGAAUCCACCGUCAUCUCCGCCAACCGGCGCCGCACCCCCUCCAACCGGGCGGAGCUCCUCGUCUCCGCGCGCGACGGCGGCGUGCGCCUGCUCUCCUGCGCGCAAAUCCUGCUCACCAUCCCGCCCACGCUGUCCAACCUCGCCGGCUGGGACCUGACGCCCGACGAGCACGCCGUCUUCUCCCAGCUCACGGGCGCGACGGGCUACUGGACGGGGCUGGUGCGGGGGGUGGGGCUGAACCAGACGGUGGCGCACCAGAACGCGGCGGCGACGACGCCGUUCCAGCUGCCCGUGCUGCCGGCGCUGUACCAGGUCGCUGCCGUGGGCGUGCUGGAGGACGUGUGGUGGGUCAAGCUGGGCGCCGACACGGCCACGCUGCCGGACGAGCAGGUCAGGGCGCGCGCGGUGCGGGAGAUGCAGCGCGUGCAGGCCGCGCAGGGCGUGCCCGUGACGGAGCCGGAGUGGUUGAUGUUUGACUCGCACGCGCCGUUUAUGCUGCAUGCGGGGGCGGAGGUGAUUAGGGGGGGGUUUUAUAAGAGGUUGGCGGGCUUGCAGGGGGGGUUGGGUGGGAGGAUGUUCUAUUCGGGGGCGGCGUUUCAUACCCAUUAUAGUGGGUAUUUGUGGCGUUAUAAUGAGGAUGUGGUGAUUCCGAUGAUGACGCGGAAAAGCUGA